AGGAAGAAGAAGAGAAAAUAAAAAAAGAAGACAGCAAAAUGUGGCAUCCAAAGGGACAUAGUACAGUAUCAAAGAAAGGGGGUGGUGGUGGCAAUGGGCUGGUAGCGGUAGCCAUUGAUAAGGACAAAGGGAGUCUACAUGCUUUCAGAUGGGCCGUUGAGCAGCUUCUUUCCAAAAGCCAAACUGUUGUUCUUAUUCAUGUUAAUAAACCAUCAGCCGGUAACUCUCUGUCGAACUCUUGGUUCAUGAUCCAUGCUCCAAUAUUCUUAUUUAAGUUUUACCCUGGUGCAGGUAAUGGUCAUGUUAGCGAACCCGGCACCAACAAGCAGAUGAAGGAUAAGCUAUCUAGGGAACUGUUCCUCACCUUCCAUUGUUUUUGUACUCGAAAAGACAUACGUUCUCUUGAUAUCAUACUUGAAGGUUCAGAUAUUGUAAAAGCAUUGACGGAAUAUGUUUCUUACGCUGCAAUUGAGAAAUUGGUUCUUGGUGCCCCUUCUCGAAGUGGAUUUAUGAGAAAAUUCAGGGCCGACAUACCGACCUGUGUAUUGAAAACUUCACCGGACUUCUGCACUGUAUAUGUCGUUUCCAAAGGAAAGGUCUCUUCAGUACGAAACGCGGUUCGUUCAGUGCCGUUUGCCUCCCCAUUACUUGAUCAAAUUAAGAAACCUGAGAGCGUUAACCCUGGCUAUUCUUUGAGCAAGAUCUCCCUGAAUAGUGCUACUAGUCAAGGAAAAGGAGGUUUGUCAAUGACCAAGCCUCGUAUUUCAACCGACAGCAAUGCCAGGUCACCGAUCUACGGCCCAAGAGCCAGUCUUCAGAAAAUGUUUGGGGACUUACCAGAAUCGGAUACUGAUAUAUCAUUUGUCAGCUCAGACAGAGCAAGCACUGACCGUAGCUCUUCUUCGUUCUUCGAUUCAUUCCUUGAUUCUAGGCGAUUAUCAAACAGCACGGAACAGAGCUUAGGAUCAAUGCGUUUAGGAAUGAGGUGGCCUGACCGUAGUUCUCCACAUGAGUCCUUAUCAGGAUACGAUAGUGGAAGAUCAUCUUGUUCAUCUCAGCAUCCGGACGAAGUCGAAGUUGAAAUGAGGAGACUAAGGCAAGAAUUGAAGCAAACAAUGGACUUAUAUGGUAAUGCAUGCAGAGAAGCACUUACAGCAAAGCAACAGGCAAUGGAGCUGAAACAAACCCAAAAUCAAGAUCGAAAAAAAUUGGAAGAGGUACGACAAGCGGAGGAAGCUGCAACGUCAGCUGUAGAGAAGGAGAAAGCCAGGUGCCAGGCAGCCAUAGAAGCAGCUUUAGCAGCACAGAAAGAGGCAGAAUUGAAAGGAAGAACGGUUGCAGGAGGGGAAAUACUAAGAGAAACAGCGGAAAUGAAGAGGAUGUUGGAGAUUCUAUCCCAAGGUAAUGUCAAAUACAGAAGAUACACCAUUGAGGAAGUUGAAGAAGCAACAAAUAACUUUGCCCUUUCUCGAAAGAUCGGAGAAGGAGGUUAUGGUCCUGUCUUUAAGUGUAACCUCGGUCAUACACCGGUAGCGGUUAAAGUUUUACGUCCAGAUGCUGCACAAGGGAGAUUACAGUUCCUGCAGGAGAUUGAAGUGCUGAGCAGCAUGCGCCAUCCCAACAUGGUACUACUUCUAGGAGCUUGCCCAGAGUAUGGGAUCCUAGUGUAUGAGUACAUGGGUAGGGGAAGCUUAGAUGAUUGUCUAUUUAGGAAAGGGAACCACCACCAAGCACUGUCUUGGCAACACAGGUUCCGAAUAGCUGCAGAGAUUGGAACAGGCCUGCUUUUUCUCCAUCAGAGAAAACCAGAACCAAUUGUGCACCGUGACCUGAAACCAGGCAACAUAUUGCUGGAUCAAAACUACGUUAGCAAGAUCAGUGAUGUUGGGUUGGCGAAGCUAGUUCCUCAAGCUGCAGAGAACAUGACACAGUGCUGCGUAACAUCAGCAGCAGGAACAUUUUGCUAUAUAGACCCGGAAUAUCAACAAACAGGUAUGCUGGGGGUAAAAUCCGAUUUAUAUUCCUUAGGGAUCAUACUCCUUCAACUAAUAACAGCCAGGCCACCAAUGGGGUUGGCUCACUACGUGGAGCAAGCAGUCGAGAGAGGCACGUUUCAUGAGAUGCUGGACCCUUUGGUACCCGACUGGCCAGCUGAAGAAACCUUGUCACUGGCGAAACUAGCACUUCGAUGUGCGGAACUGAGACGGCGAGACAGGCCGGAUCUGGGGAAGGAUGUGUUACCAGAACUGUGUCGACUGAGAGAGAUUGCUGAAGAGAAGAUGACCGGUUCCUUUUAUGCUGCUUCCCCUAUGUAAAGCCAAGCUCCUUUUUCAAGUGAGAGCAUUUGAAAUUCUGGAACAUAAUUAAAAUAAUAACUAGUUCUACAGUAUUACCAAAAUUGUUUCUCUUGUUGUAUUAUGUCCUCCGUAGUCCCUACCAAUCUUUGAAGAAGAAAAAGAUAUUACUUUUCAGUUUCAUUAGUUGUUUUAUUACUGGAAUCAA